AUGUCGACCCUGGAGAAGCACCUGCACCUGGGCCGCCUGCCCCCCAGGCCCGCCGUGCCCGGCGGGGGCGGCCAGUCCGGCUCCAAGAUGCGCAUGGGUCCUGGAAGGAAACGAGACUUUUCCCCAGUCCCGUGGAGCCAGUACUUUGAAUCUAUGGAAGAUGUUGUGGUUGAAAACGAAAACGGCAAGGAUACUUUUCGAAUUUAUAAAAGUGGAUCGGAGGGCCCUGUCUUACUUUUGUUGCAUGGCGGAGGCCAUUCUGCUCUUUCCUGGGCUGUGUUCAAUUCUGCGAUCAUUAACAGGAUUCAGUGUAGGAUUGUGGCUUUAGAUCUCAGAAGUCAUGGUGAAACAAAAGUUAGGAAUCCUGAAGAUCUGUCUGCAGAAACUAUGUCAAAAGAUGUUGGAAACGUGGUUGAAGCUCUGUACGGGGACCUCCCACCUCCAAUCAUGCUGAUUGGGCACAGUAUGGGUGGGGCCAUUGCAGUGCACACAGCAGCAUCCAAUUUGGUACCCAGUCUAUUGGGUCUUUGCAUGAUUGAUGUCGUGGAAGGCACAGCCAUGGACGCACUGAACAGCAUGCAGAAUUUCUUACGGAGUCGUCCCAAAACAUUCAAGUCAAUUGAGAAUGCAAUUGAGUGGAGUGUAAAAAGUGGACAGAUAAGAAAUCUCGAAUCGGCCAGAGUUUCUAUGGUUGGCCAAGUCAAACAGUGUGAAGAUGCUGCUAGUCCUGAGGUCCCUAAAGCUAUAGUGGAAGGGAUUAUUGAGGAGGAGGAGGAGGAAGAGGAAGAAGACUAUGAAGGAAGAGGAUCUGUUAACAAAAGGAAGAAGGAAGAUGAUACAGAGACAAAAAAAGAACAUCUGUAUACAUGGCGAAUCGAACUGUCGAAAACAGAAAAGUACUGGGAUGGGUGGUUCAGGGGCUUAUCUAACCUCUUCCUCAGUUGUUCUACUCCGAAGCUGCUGCUUUUAGCGGGUGUUGACAGGCUGGAUAAAGAUCUAACAAUUGGACAGAUGCAAGGAAAGUUCCAGAUGCAAGUCCUCCCUCAGUGUGGCCAUGCAGUCCACGAAGAUGCUCCAGACAAGGUUGCUGAAGCUGUUGCAACUUUCUUGAUCCGUCACCGGUUUACAGAACCAAUUGGUGGAUUUCAGUGUGUGUUUCCUGGUUGUUAAUAUCCUGAUGUUCUCCAGCACUGAGUUCCAUUGUAAAUAAACUGCACCAGAGGCCACUG